CGGUUUUCUUCUGGUUGGUUCCUUGCUUUUAUUCAUUUUUUUUUUAAAGUAAAAAUAAAAACAAUGGCGUCUUCCCUUAGCGGUAUGUUUUCAGGGCAGCCGCCUGGUCCCCCUCCUCCUAUACAACCGGGUACUGCAGGUGCGCUCAUGUCAACUCCCCCUGGCGCUAAGAACUCCAACUUCACUUUGGUAGAUGAGCUGGAGUCAUCAUUCGAGGCUUGCUUCGCUUCACUUGUUAGCCAAGACUAUGUAAAUGGAACAGAUCAAGAAGAAAUAAGAACUGGUGUUGAGCAGUGCAUUCAGAAGUUUCUUGAUGUGGCCAGGCAAACAGAAUGUUUUUUCCUUCAAAAAAGAUUGCAGCUUUCUGUUCAGAAACCUGAGCAAGUUAUAAAAGAGGAUGUUUCUGAGUUGAGAAAUGAAUUGCAGAGGAAAGAAGCCCUUAUUCAGAAGCACUUGACUAAACUUCGGACCUGGCAGCAGGUUUUAGAAGAAAUAAAUGGUCAGCAUAAAAAGACAAAUGAAAUGGCCCAGGGGCCACUCGCAUACCUGGAACAAGCCUCAGCUAAUAUCCCUGCUCCUAUGAAGCAAACGUGAUUUAAAGUGUGUUUGUAUAGAUUUGUUGCCUUUCAAAUAAUAGCUGCAUUUGUACAUGUAGGAAACUGGGGCAUACAUUCUAGUUAAACGGCCCUUUUAUAUUUAAAAAUAAAUAAAAAUAAUUACAUGCUCCUAAUCUUUUACAGCAUGUAAUUGUAAGACUAUUGACCUCAGACUACUGUGUGUUUAACCCUCCGCAAAGGGUUAAUACGCACAGAAAUACUGCUUGGGACUCACAGAGCACUGCUGUGUCUGAGUGGAAGAGCCCAGAUCAAAUUAGCAGCAUUAGUUCUACAUCUGAGUCGUGCGACUAGCGCUGCUGAUUGGAUCAGGGGUGUUUUCUGCUCAGGACCAGCAAUGCUAUGUGGGUCCAAAGUGUUUCUACUGUAGUCCACAGUAGUCUAGGAUGGUAUUCUUAAAAUGACGUGCUAUAAUGCAUCAGAGCAUGUAAUUGUUUUUUUUAAUAUAAUGGGCCCUUUAAUAUAAUGACCUUGUGAUAAAAGUUUUUUUUUUUUUUUUUUAACUAUUUUAUAAAUAACAGUUUAUCAACUAAUAAGCUGUAAAUUUCUACCACACUGAAGAAAAUGUAUAUAAAAAUCUGUAUUUCACUACAAACAAAGUAAAAUAAACUGUUUUGCUGAUCAUUCAUUUAAAAA